UUUUCUCAAACUCGAAAAUUUAAAACCCCUGAAAACUCGUAAAUUCGUCGGAGAUAAAUGAUCAGCACUCCCCCCCGGGGGGUUGGCUUUUGAUAAAUUACUUACAUUGUACUCCUUAUCAAUUGAGUUCAACAAUUUUUGGGUGAGCUCGGUGCAAUGCUGCUGCAUCGGUAGAGAGCUCACUAUUAAUUUAUCUGAGGGCCCACAACUGUUAUUUCUCUCAAAAUACUUUGACAAAUGAUUUAACAAUAUAUAGUUUUUUUCGAUAUAUUUAUGAUGUUUACAGGGGAUCCAAGUUAUCUUAAUUUACAAUUAAAUAGUUCUCUCUAGUUUUAUAUUAUCUGUGUAAAAAUUGUAUUUGUUAUGGUAUCCUUAUGUUAUGAUGGAUGUAAUUUUCGUGAAAAUUGUUAUUUUGCGAGUUAUCGUUCUCAGCAUUUAAGAACCGUCGCACACGAGAUGUAGCGCACGAAUGCGAGGGCGAGAACGCACUGGCAAUGGCGACGACGAACGUACUAACAUUGGCCCGUUCGCUCGCGUGCCCUCCCUGCCGCCCGAGUGCCUCCUAGCUCUUGCUACCAUAGCAUCCUUCGUCCCCCUCAGUGUCUGUCUCACUUGGCCAACUUCGCCCCCUUUCGCCGGCUUUCGGCCGUCUCCGCCAUCCCCACCACACCGUCAAUGUCACUCUGACCACCAAUUAGGGGCGGGCACGGGGGAAAUGCCAGCGCCAUUGGUCGAUUGGUUGAUUGGCUAAUUAGAAUUGAAAUUACGAGGUUUGUCGAUCGUUUAGAAUAGACCUGAGAGACUUUAAAUACAUGGAAACGCCGUUUUCUGGAAAAGUGGGCGUCACUCUAUUACUAAGUAUAGAGAGCACGAUCACUUCCGGUAACUGGUCGCUCGUCGGUCGGCUCUCCCACUAUCGAGAAUUUUCGAACGAUGGAAACCCCCCAGGAACGCGGUCUCCAAAAUACCCAAAUUCCAUAAAUAAGAGACCUCGGGAGAAAAAAGAAUGGCUGAAAUGUGGGGAAACAUUUGCGCCAUGAAUUCUCGGGCUAGAGGCGAUGGAAAAGUGUGAAAGGUGGCUUGAAUAAUUUAUUCAUUUUAUAGGAACCGGAUGGAGAGAGUGGAGGGUGAUCUGGAGAGGAUAAAUAAUUAUUAGAAAUGUUUAAAAAUUUGAGGUGGGAGCGCCGCCAUCUUUAAAGCUCCUUGUGGCAGAGGGAGGGGGUUGUAAGCAAGAUGGCGGCACCUGCAAUUAUAAAUCAACUCGAAUUGUUGAAUAUUUAUUGAAUUAUUUAUCGUUUUUCCCGCAUUUCAGUAUUUUUUUUUACUCCCGGGGCCUUUCAAAACAAGCAAUUUCACAUUUAUUAUUUUUUAUUUUCCUGAAUAUUUUCUGUAUUUUUCGAAGAAACACUAAAAAACAGAGAAUUUAAAAAUUCCUCAUAAAAAAUAAACUCACUGUGGAAUCGGGAGUAAAAAUCAACGAAUGAAAUGCGGGGAAAACUUUGCGCCACGAAUUCUCAGGUAAAAGGGGAUGAAAAAAUGUGAAAAAUGACUUGAAAAAUUUACUCCUUUUAUAUAAACCGGAUGGAGAGAGCGGAGGGUGAUCUGGAGAGGAUAAAUAAUUAUAAGAAAUGUUUAAAAAUCCGAGGUGGAGGCCCCGCCAUCUUUAAAGCCCUUUGUGGCAGAGGAAGGGGGUAUCCAAGUAAGAUGGCGGCGCCCAGACUGUUACCCGAGAAUUCACGGCAGUUUUUCCCGAAUUUUGGUCAAUUUUUUUGUUCUCGAGAGCUCUGAAACCAAUUUCUAGAAUUAAGCGAUCGUCUGGAAUAACUGACAUCAUAAUUAAUUAUCCAUCAUAAUGCGUAGAAUAAUGAGCAGAUAAAAAUUUCAAGGGUUAAAUAAAUUCAGUUAAAAUUAAUGAAAGUGGCAUGAAUCGAUGUGAAAUCAUCUGGGAAUUUAGAAAAUCAAAAAGUUGAAACAGUUUCCUUCUCUAAUAUUUUUUUUGCCUGCGGCCGUCACUGGGCAUGCGCACACCUCCACCGAUCAGCUGUCUCCUCGCGCUCGAGUCCACGGUCUCCUCCACCUCCACCCCCUCAACUUGGCAAACAUUCGGAAAAAAUAACAUUUCCCAACUAGUGCGUAAUAGACCGUUGUUUAGGGUUUACGUUGUUUGUGUGCUAUCUUUGUAUUUUUUAGUGCACGAUUGACAGCUCCUCUGAGCGGGGACUGGCGUUGUCGUACUCGGAUUCUUUUUUUUAUGAGUGAUCAGUAAUUGAGAAAGUGAUUGUCCAGUGGUUCAGGGGGCUUUCAUCGUUGAUCGCCGAUCUUUGCACAACGAUGGAUGCCGAGGCAGCAGGUGCUGGGGAUGGGGACGAUGAAGUCGAGGAAAUGGAUGCCUCCCCCGGAGCCCUUGAGAACACCUUCGACAUGACCCUGGCCACGUCGCACUCGUAUUUAGGGAACGAUCUCGAGGUUUUGCGAGGGAGAACCCUCUUGGAUAACGGCAUCUACAUGGAUCUGCCGCUUCUCGCUGAGAAGUCGGUGGUCCUGUUCCCGGGACAGACCCUCCCGAUGAUGGAGUACGACAUCAGGACGAUCGAGAUGCUCAGGAAAUGCAUUAAUAAGGAUAAAACCUUCGGGGUGGCCUGUCUGAGGUAUGACCGGGGCUUUUCCAUGGGGACUACCGCCGAGAUUUACGAAUACUCGGAGAACACUGGGUCAGAUGAGGUGAGGGUCAAGGCCAAGGGGAGGCAGAGGUUCAAGAUUUUACGGAUACGAAGUUCAUCAGGAAGAAUUUCCGCGGACGUAAAAAUCCUCCCAGAGAUAGAGUUAGGCCCGCCCUUCCACGAGGACCGUCUGGCCUGCCUGGACCGCCUCCGAGUAAUUCCGACUAAUGAGAAGGAGGCGAAGAGCCAAGACAAAGUGGCUAGACUUGACUCUGUGCUGACGCCCUGGCCGGCCUGGGUCUACCAUCAGUACAAUCCUCGCCGUCUAGCCAUGAAGAUCCACCACUACCUGCGUUUUGUGCGCUCACGGGGCAUCAAUAUCCCAACAGACCCCACGGAAUUGUCCUUCUGGGUCGCCCAGAAUCUCAUAAUGAAGGACAAUGUCAAGAUAUCACUCCUAGAAUUGGAUUGCGCCAUUCAGAGACUCCAGGUGGAGGUCAAACUCCUGGCAAAACUCCAGGAGAAAUUGUUCGUCUGCUCGGAUUGUCGAACUGUCAUUGCGAAACAGGUGGACGUCUUUCCGAUGAACACCGAGGGCAUUCAGAGUGCCUACUGCAACCCUCAUGGGGCUAUUCACGAGACUGUUACGGUUCAUCGGGCCCAGUCACUUGUCUUGAGGCAGGAUCCACCCUCUACGGAGUGCAGUUGGUUUCCGGGAUAUGCCUGGACGAUUGCCAAUUGCGCACGUUGUGGGUACCACAAGGGCUGGAAAUUCACCGCAACUCGGUCAGACUUAAUUCCCAAAUCUUUCUGGGGUCUGACCAGCACAGGCUUCGUCUGGGGAGAUCCAGAUAAAAAUGAGGACGAUGACGACGAAGAAGACUGCGACGAUUCCUCAGGGAUCUUCGAUCUCGAGGGGGUAUAACAUAUUCGAAUGAAUAUUUUUGUCUACGAUGGAUCAUAGACGAUUGAGUACUUACCUCUGGCCUUUUUUUCCUUUGUCAUGAGUUCCCUCGACGACAAUAAUCCUUAAAAAUAUUUGAUUCGCUGGAUUGUAUCAACUAAUUCCCAAGUUUUUCAUUCUACUCUAUGUUUCAUCGUUGACACGUGUGAAUCGUUGAAUUUUUGUAAUUCAUGUCAUUUCUAUAAAGUACUAGAGAGUGGGGAAAUGGAUUUUCGUAAAUCUUCAAUAUAUCCUGAACUAAUGAAUAAAAUAAAAAAACUUGAUCUCAUUUUCAAAAUUAGGAAAAAACCAUUUUUUUUUCAAUUUUACUCAGCAGAUUUGGCGAUAUUGACGAUUUAAAAUUAUUAAUUUCAGUUGUGAAGUGGUAAAAUGCAAUGAUUUUCCGUUCACACUUCAUUUAACGUGGAUAGAAUUUUUUUAUGAAUAAUUUACCACUUCCCCACCCAUUUUACCCCACUCUUUCUCUGAUAGAUAAUAAGAAUAGCCCUUUCUAUAAAUUUAUAACAAAAAAAAUCCUUGCAUUUAAUCGUGGAAACUAUAAUCAUCCCAUCAGAUGUCGAAAAAUAUUGUUUCCUAAUGUAUAAUUUAUGCUGCAUUAAACUGCAUAAAAUCGUUCUA